UCUAGCAUACGCUUGAAACACAGCAAACCAAAAAAAGGAAGGCCCAAACUCAUCCAUGUCGAGCGGGGUCAUAGUGGAGCUCCAUAGAAGCGCCACCAACUGGGGCAAGGUAGUGGAUGACAUAGUGAAACUAGAGAGAAAGAUAUUCCCCAAACACGAAUCGCUUGCUAGGUCCUUUGAUGAAGAGCUGAGGAAGAAGAAUUCUGGGUUGCUUUACAUGGACGUGGAUGGAGAAGUUGUAGGCUAUGUCAUGUAUUCUUGGCCUUCUUCCUUGUGCGCUUCUGUCACCAAGCUUGCAGUGAAGGAGAACUGUAGGAGGCAAGGGCAUGGAGAGGCACUGUUGAAAGUAGCAAUUCAAAAAUGCAGAACCAGAAAUGUGCACCGUAUAUCGCUUCAUGUUGAUCCCUUGAGGACUCCUGCUGUGAUUCUCUACAAGAGAUUUGGAUUCCAAGUCGAUAACCUGAUAGAAGGUUACUAUUCCUCUGAUCGAAAUGCCUAUAGAAUGUUCUUGGAUUUUGAUGCUGACUAGGGGGAUAGAGGUCAAAACUUGAUCCAAAGUUUUGCGGUAAUUUAAUCUAUGGAAAGAUUUUGUUGCUGAACAAGAUGAUCCAAUGAAUCUGCUGUGAUAUUGAAUACCGUGAUACGAUGAGAAGAAUAUAAUCAAUGAUGUAAGGAAA